AAAAAAAAUCUGUAUGCAAGGUAAAAUAGUGGUCUACUCUUUAUUUUGGGGUUUUUCAUUAUCUACUUAAUUGAGUUCAAGUGUCCACUACUUGUUUCUUUCGACAAUAUUUUGCAUUUCAUUCAAUUUGGAGCAAUGCAACUACUAUUAUCUUGCAAUUCUUCUUCGCCCUUUAUGCAAUCUCAUCGAGUAAUCGGCGUCUCUGCAACUCCAAGACACUUGGGUCGGCGCGAGCUCUGCUUCGAUGGAGUUUCCUCUGUAUGUUCUUCUCAAUCUGAAACACACCCAGAUGACUCCAGCGCCGGUUCUUCUCAUUCCUCACUCAUUCAAAGGGCUGAUCGAGAUUAUAGCAAAGAUUUGCACGAAAUGAUUCAGAAAAACUCUCCUUCCACAACACGCCGGAUGUUGUUUGCCAGUGUAUUCAUGUAUUCUUGUUAUCAUCCUUCAAGGUACUUAUCAGCUCAUGCUUUAGGGGAUCCAUCUGUGACUGUUGAAGAAGUAACACCCACUGUUUAUCGUUCUGGGACGCUAUUCCCUUCCGAGGAAAGAAUUGUCCAACUUUUUGAGAAGAACACUUACUCUGUUGUCAACAUCUUUGACGUGACAUUGCGCCCCCAACUUAAUGUUACGGGUGUGGUUGAGGUCCCUGAAGGAAAUGGUUCUGGAGUAGUCUGGGAUCAGCAAGGGCACAUUGUAACAAAUUAUCAUGUAAUUGGUAAUUCCCUUUCAAGAAAUUCAAGCCGUGGGCAAGUUGUUGCAAGAGUAAAUAUUCUUGCUUCAGACGGGGUACCAAAGAAUUUUGAGGGUAAGUUGAUUGGUGCUGACCGGGCUAAGGAUCUUGCUGUCUUGAAGGUGGAAGCCUCUGAAGAACUCUUGAGGCCUAUUAAUGUGGGGCAGUCAUCUUCUUUAAGAGUUGGCCAACAGUGUUUAGCUAUUGGAAAUCCAUUUGGUUUUGACCAUACCCUCACUGUUGGGGUUAUUAGUGGACUGGAUAGAGACAUAUUUAGUCAAACGGGAGUCACAAUUGGUGGGGGAAUUCAGACAGAUGCAGCCAUCAAUCCUGGGAACAGUGGAGGUCCUCUGUUGGAUUCAAAAGGAAAUUUAAUUGGGAUUAACACAGCAAUUUUUACUCAGACAGGGACAUCAGCUGGUGUAGGGUUUGCCAUACCGUCCUCAACCGUGUUAAAGAUAGCACCUCAGUUGAUCCAAUUUGGAAAAGUUGUUCGAGCUGUUCUAAAUGUGGAUAUUGCUCCUGAUCUGGUUGCAAAUCAACUUAAUGUUCGAAAUGGAGCUCUGGUUUUGCAGGUUCCUAGGAAUAGUCUUGCAGCCAAGGCCGGGCUACUUCCCACUACAAGGGGCUUUGCUGGAAAUAUUGUACUUGGGGAUAUUAUUGUAGCAGUGAACAACAAACCUGUUCGAAGUAAAGCAGAGUUAUACAAUACAUUGGAUGAAUUCAGUGUAGGGGAUAAAGUCCUCUUUAAGAUUCAGAGGGGUAAUGAGAACUUGGAGCUGCCUAUAGCUUUAGAGGAAAAAGAUUCGUGAUAUACGGCCGCCUGGUACAUUUUUCCGCAGGUUGCUCUUUGCCAUGUUGAUUGUUGUAUAAUGGGGUGAUGUAGGACGUUAGCUCUUGUAUGCUCAAUUGUUUGUUGAACUUUGAUUCUAGAUUUUUUUUUUUUUAGCAAGAAUUAAUUUCUAUAUGUGCUCAAUCUUUUCAAUCAUCUAGCAAGACCUAUUUCUUA